UUACGUGGCAUGAACCUAUUGUACGUUAUACGUGCUGGGCUCCUUAUUUAAAAUGCCCCAUCGAAUCUCAGAAAAUCAAAGUUAAAGUUAAGUUGUUAGUUGAAACGUUAGACAAACAGGACAUUGCAAAUGCUUUAAUCGUAUUUUGAAAAACGAGCAAGUGCUAGAUGGGACGUUUUAACAGAGAAAGGUAGGGGAGCAUUUGAUGGACUGGGAUCUUUUAAACAUCUGCAAGAUAACGUGAAAGAGGGGAGCCAGAAGUGUGGAACAAGUACCUGUUGCGUAACUUGUAAAAAUUUGCAAUAUAUCGACGUAGAACUUUGUUAUUAUUAAAUUGAUAUUGGCAUGCGUAAUCUUGAAAUUCUUAUAAAAAUCGAUUCGUUAGGUACGAUAUUUAGUAAGAAAAAUCAGCGCAAGAUUUUCAAGUAUCUCGACUAAUCUUUCUUACCAACUAGGAAAGUGUUCCUAAAUUUUUCAUCGACAGAUAUAUGCGGAGAAUGACUGAAAUCGAAGGAGGAACUGUCAGAAACAUUUGGGAGACCAGUCGGAACGAUAUCGAAAUUAUGGAGGCAGUGACAGACUGUAAAUGAGAAAAUAAGGGAUAGAGAGAUUCCGAUGCGUGCUGAGAACCUCUGGGCAUCAAAAAGACCACGUGAAACCUGUCACAGACAUUGCUUGAGACGUAUUCGAAAUACAAUACACCGAUGGUCUUCGAAAAGCACCAACGUUGACACGUUCCGAUAGAGGAAAAACGAGAUUGUCAGAGGCAUACGACGCGACUUGAAACUAACGUUGGAACGUUCUGCUUGUCUGAGUUGUGCCACGGGAAAAAAUGUUGUUCUAAGAAAACACGCCUAGAAACUAUAAAGCUAGAGACCCGAGCGAAAAUCGUAAAAAAUUCUUCGACAAAAUACGUUUGUUGAUAUCGGUGAAGCUUUAGCUUACGAUAAAGCCUUCUCUCCUACAGCAGACAACAUCGUGUUAGAUUACAUAAAUAUACGUGUCAUGUCUUAGAUUAUAUUGCACCUUCAACAUGAUAAUUCAAGUGGGAAACGACAGUCAAUCUGUUUCUUUCAAUUUUCUGAUAAUAUGGCAGAACAGGUAUCUAGAACUUGAUCCUAGUCAUUAGAUUCUAGAUGUAAACUCUAGAUACGAAUCACGUUUCGUAUUUUCUGUAACGUUCCAUUUUCUGCUUUCUUUCGUCUAUUAUCUUUAAACGCUGUAACGAUCGACGAUCACGUUAUAAAUUUUGUAUCGGACGAAUCAAAAUAAAAGGUGUACGAGAAAAUAAAUAACGCAAGGAAAAAGGCAAUCCGGUUGCAAAGGAUAUUUAAUUGUUUAAAAAUCUUGGAAAACGUCCUUUUAUUAAUGUGGAAAGGAAGCAUAACGAGCCAUUGAUACAAUAAGUUUGGAAAGCAAACACAAACCUGAGAGCCACUUAGUUGCCAACCCAAUACAAUGAAUUUGGAAAGCGAUUCGAUCGAGUGGAAACAUGGUUACCGCGAAAAUCCCAAAUUGGAUUUCUCGGAUAUUUAGUAACUUGGCAAGAAAAAGGGAUAAAAAUCCGCUAGAGGAUCAUAGACAGUCGCGUUUUCUUCAUUCAUCAAGACUGAGGCAUCAAGACAUUCAUCCGGGGCGAGACUCUUAACGUUUGCCUACUCACUCGUGUUAAAUACACGCGAACUUUCUUCUCCGGGCGAGAACUCAAACAUUCGUUCUCCUAGGAAAUUCGUAAUUGAAUUUUCGAGACGUUUCACCAACGAGAAAAAGUCGUAAAAUGUAAAUCCACUGGCUCGUCGAAUAUAUUACUCGAUGGAAGAUAUAUUUGUAGAUGUUAUUUCGUUGCUCUAUUAUUAACGUAGCUUCAAAAGCAAGAUAGAAGUAUUCUUAAAAAUUAUUAUUGUCGUUAGUAUAGUACAACCUUCGAUGCUUGAUAAAUGGAACCAUAACACGAUCUUCAAAUCAAUUUUUCUAUCUCGUUCUCACUUUCAACGAAUAAUAAGAUCUUGUACGUUUUAUGAAACGCUGUUCUCAAGUCACGCAUUUACAACAAUUCCUUCGUAUCUGCCUUAAAGUAGAACGCUUUUCAACGACAGAAAAAUCAAACUUUUGAAUGAAAAACUGCCCAAGGGACGAUGGUAAAGUUAAAGAUUAAACGUAUAAAGUGAAAAUUGACUAUCUAAUACAACGUGUCUUGCUGUAAACCUGGAAACUUCCUCGUGGCAGAACGUGUAUCGCUAUACCAAAAUCCAGAACCUCUUUCCUCGAAUCCAGUUACAGCGACACAUAUGUGCAGCAAACAUCGAGAAACUCUGCAGCUAACUGAUAUUUAAUGUACAGACAACGACUAGAAUUUAAUCCGGUGCAGCGGCGAGUGUCUGUAGCGACUAAACACAGAGAGGAAAUACUGGCCAAACAUAGAGUUACGCAGUUGAGAAUCGCUGGUGGCUGUGAAAAUGAAAUUACAGGCAGGACAUUAUGCGAAACGCGUUUAAAAGCAUUACGAGAGGCUGGCGACGCGACGGUCUAAAAUAAGCCGCUUUGCCCGUGGCCGAGAUCGUAAAGCUCCGAGUUGAAGACCGCUGCCGCUUCCGCGACGCGAUAUUACGCCCAGCGUAUUUCAAUCCUGGCCAUAGUGCACGCGUUGCGUACACGCGCCCUCCGACGAAUUUCCGGGGUGGUGUCGAUAAACCUCACUCGAGCGUACAACCGCUGAGAACCGCUGGGAGCAUCCAAACGAUGCGACGUAGCCGUCUGGGACGUCGGUACAAGUUCGGAGCUGUCUCGACGUAUCGGUAGAGGAACAAAUAAUACGCAACCCUCUAUCGACGAGUUGCCUAAUGCUCGCACGAGGGAUGAAAAAAAAGAAAAGAAAAGGAAGAUGUGAAGAGAGGCGACGACUACACGGUGAAAGAGGGAAAGGUUACGUCGCGAAAUUCUGCGCCAGGGCUCGAUGAACUCGACUGUUAUCGUUUAGAGGUCGCCAUGUUCCAUACAUACAGCGCCAUCUGCCGUUCGUCGCGAAAUAUCGUCAAGACUUCAUUUAAGUUGCGCGCGUUCUCUCCAUUUGACAAGUGUUUCGUGUUGUGUAGCCCGGUGAAUUCUAGCGUAGAACGAUCCAAAAGAAAAUGGGUGUUACUGUUUUGCAGCAAUAUCCCAUGACAGAAAACAAAACCGGACCGCAAACGAUCGAAUUCCUGACAAAACGAGUCGUGGCUCUUGGUGCAGUGCAAACCGGCCAAUUUUUAGUGGACUGUGAGACGUACGUUUCGGUGCCGCAAUUAGGUGCUCAAAGAACUCUCCACGUCCUCCACAACUCGGAGCAGCCAGCGUCAGCCUUCGCGAUUCUAGAAUCAGGGAACAAAGUGGUGCCGCUGAUAGCGGAUGGUCUGUUCGAUCUCUUAAUGUACAAGAUGUCGAGCGUCUACACGAACAAAAUGCAAAAGAUGGAAUCGAAGGGUCCGCGAUUCGAGAUCGGCGAUUUCUGCGUGAAGCUCGGCAGCGUGACGAUUAAUCAGAAUUUCAAAGGCGUUCUGGUCGAGGUGGAAUAUAGACCCUGCGUGGUUCCCGGCAGUGCAUGGGAAUUGAUGCGUGAAUUUUUACAAGGAUUCCUCGGAUCUACCGUGUCCAAUCAAGCACCGCAGUAUUUGCAGAACCGAAUGAACGAUAUUUAUCAACCAUUGGAUACGAUACAACAGUAUCUGGAGCAUUUCGGUCAGUAUAGAAAAGCCACUGGUGUAAUUUAAGGAAAUUUUUAAUUUAUCGUUCUUUGUAUCGAAAUGAUCCGUAUCAAGGUCUCGUCGAUAAUUUUAAUGAUCAUUUGGUAAUUUUAUGCUACAAAAUCUUACUGAUAAUCUACUUCUGUAACAAUAAAUUUCACUUAACAAAA